AUGAAAGAAAUUUCGAAUACGCAGGAAAAACAAAUCACGCAAAAUGGCCGAGCCGAUGCGGAGGAGAAACAGCGGAAGAAAUCCAGCGGUUUGAUGAAGUUCUCCAGCUAUGUACUGGCGUUACGUCCUUGGUCGCUGAGCGCCAGCCUAAUGCCGACCCUAUUGGGCUCCACGCUAGCAUACAAAUACCCCGGAUCCACGGAUUUCAAUUACAUAACCCUGCUUUUAACCGUUCUAACCGUCGUAACGGUGCACGGGGCCGGCAACGUAGUCAACACCUACUUCGACUACGUAAAGGGAAUCGACAACAGGAAAUCCGACGACAGGAUCCUGGUGGAUCACAUCCUAUCAAAAGACGAGGUGGUCUCGUUGGGAGCGAUGCUGUACUUCGCGGGCUGCGUGGGGUUCAUUCUGCUCGCGAACCUGUCCCCCGCCAAGAUGGAACAUUUAGCUUUAGUGUACUUCGGCGGAUUGUCCUCCAGUUUUCUGUACACCGGAGGAGUCGGGUUCAAGUACAUAGCUCUAGGUGACGUAUUGAUUCUCAUAAUAUUCGGCCCGAUAUCCGUUCUGUUCGCGUUCAUGUCCCAAACGGGCUACGUCGAAUGGGCCACGAUCUACUACGCUAUACCGUUAGCUUUGAAUACGGAGGCCAUUUUGCACAGCAACAACACGAGGGACUCGGAAUCGGAUAAGAAAGUCGGAAUCGUCACGUUGGCUAUCGUAAUAGGCCACACGGCCUCUCACGUACUGUACGCUUUCUUAUUAUUCACCCCUUACAUCAUGUUUAUGGUGGUUUCGCUGAAAUACUCCAAGUGGUUCAUGUUACCUCUCGUAACUCUGCCGGAGGCUUUCAAAAUCGAGAAACAAUUCAGAUCGAAUGAUAUACACGAUGUGCCCAAAAAGACCGCCAAAUUGAAUCUGUUUUUCGGUAUACUUUACGUUAUAACUUGCAGCAUGGUGGCUUCCCUACCGUAUCUCACGGAUCUAAAUUAUUUCAAAUGGGGCUAG